UUCCAACGAAGUAUCGUUAAAUUCGUGGUGUUCUUUAUAUUCACUGCCACAAAACACAACCCCACCGUAAGCAAGCGGUUGCUUCGACAUCUUCGCCUCCAUUGACUGAAGCAAUCCCACCAUGCCCACCCCCGUCUUCCGCCUCUCUAUUUUAUUGGUCUCUGUUUUUCAAAUCAUAUCCGCCGCAGCGUCGCAUUGGACGGUGGAGUUUCUGCCCGGAUUUCCAGGUCGUCUCCCCUUCGAAUUGGAAACAGGUUAUGUGGGUGUUGGGGAUUUGGAGGAAGUUCAAUUGUUCUAUUACUUUGUGAAAUCGGAAGGAAAUCCGAAGACGGAUCCUCUGCUUUUUUGGCUCACCGGAGGCCCUGGUUGCUCUGCUUUAACUGCACUUGCCUUUGAAGUUGGUCCCAUAAAUUUUAAGAUCGAGGAAUACAAUGGGAGCUUACCUCAAAUAAUCUUGAACCCUUAUUCAUGGACAAAGAAAGCGAGUAUAUUAUUUGUAGAUUUGCCGGUGGGAACAGGAUUUUCAUAUGGUACAACACCACGAUCUCUUAAGAAAGGAGACUUUAGUCAAGUUCAUCAUUCUAUUCAAUUUUUUAAAAAGUGGUUAAUUCGUCAUCCAGAAUUUUUAUCUAAUCCAUUUUACGUGGGUGGAGAUUCUUAUUCUGGUAUUCUCAUUCCAGUUAUUGCUCAAAAAAUUUUGGAAGAAAACGAGCAUGCUCCCUAUAUAAAUCUACAGGGAUACAUAUUGGGAAAUCCUGUCACCAUUCGUACCACAUAUCGGAAUUUUGCAAUUCCGUUUGCUCAUAGAAUGACUCUUAUUUCUGAUGAACUAUUUGAGUCAUUGGUCUCUAGUUGCAAGGGAGAAUACGUAAAUAUUGAUCCGAGCAAUGUGGAUUGCUUGAGACAUUAUAAUACAUACCAACAGUGUAUUUCAAAAGUCCAGAAAGCAAAUAUUUUGUUGCCAAAAUGUUCGUUUCAUUCUCCAAAGAGACAAGAAGAUGCAAUAUUUGAACGAAGAUCUCUUUACAAUACCCCCAAAGUGCUUCUUGAUCCCGAGCCAUCAAUUCCUUCUAUUGAUUGUCCUACCUAUAAAUUCCUACUUUCUUCUUAUUGGAUGAACGAUGAUCAAGUUCGAAAAGCACUUCAUGUACGGGAGGGAAGCGUAGGAGAAUGGACAAGAUGCAGUGACAAACAAGAUUACAAUUAUGAUAUUGAGAAUGUUUUUCCUUAUCAUGUGAACCUUAGUUCUAAAGGUUACCGGUCUUUGAUCUAUAGUGGAGAUCAUGAUAUGGUUGUUCCACAUUUGGACACUCAAGCAUGGAUUAAAUCUUUAAACUAUUCCAUUGUUGAGGAUUGGAGACCUUGGUUCAUUGCGAAUCAAGUAGCGGGAUAUACAAGAAGCUAUGCAAAUAAUAUGACAUUUGCCACAAUAAAGGGUGGAGGGCACACAGCAGAAUAUACACUAAAAGAAUGCAGUGUAAUAUUUAGCAGAUGGAUAGCUAGAGAAUCUUUAUAAAAAGUGUUAUAUAUAAUUAAGUGAAACCCUCAUUGUUUUUAUGGGUUCUUUUAUAUAGAUGGACAUUUGGACCAUAAUAAUUAAUAUUUGAAAGGAAAAAAAACCAAGUGAACGUUAAAACAAUAAUAGUUAUUGUAAAUCAUUGUUACAACUUUAACUUACCUUUGUCUAUGUAUCAUAAUAUCAUAAUAGAAAAUUUUUCAAUUGCAUUAAA